AUGUUACUCAUGCAGGAAGCCUGGACAUAUUGCCAGAAACUGUCCAGUCAUCGUGAAUUCCCCAAACGCUUCCAGCCAGUGAAGAAGGGAGUGCGCUCACUGGCGGUGGAUACUCAGGCACCCACACCACUCAUUGUGUUCAAUAGGUUCGAGGGCCUGAGUGUUGAGGAAGGAGACAGCGCAAGCGAUCCUGCAGUGGAGAGUUCUGACGCUACGCCUAAGGCGCACAUCAGCAGCGUGGCGAUGGGCGCAGAGCACGAUCUGCUAUGUGUCACUGGGAAGGUGAAUGGGAGGAAGGCUACCAUGCUAAUAGACCCUGGCUCUCCCCACGAUUUUUUGUCGUCGGAGUUCGUCAGGAGACAUAACCUGAAGACUGACACGGCGACCAAGGAGCUGAAGGUCACAUUAGCAGAUGGCUCGUCUCGUACACAGCCUUUGGAAACUGCCGGGCCUGUAAAAGUGAUGGUAGCUGACUUCAGCAAAACCCAGACCUUCACCGUGCUGCCACUGGCGCUCUACGACGCCAUCUUGGGAAUGCCGUGGCUGUCUCCCCACAACCCAGCGAUCGACUUCCGGAGUAAAAAGGUGCAGAUCCAGGAGGACACCUUCGUGGCUCGAGGCCACGAAGCUGGCGAGGACGCCGAGUUCGCAGAAUUCCACUUCAUCUCGGCAGCACAAGCGAAUGCCGCUAUUCGUUCAGGGGACGAAGCGUAUUAUUAUUAUUAUUAUUAUUAUUAUUAA